CACAUUAGAAAAUGUGCUCUUGAGCAACAAGCAACAAGUUUUUCCCAAGCAUGAAAGUUUUCCCACACUAACUGAUUAGGCAAUGCAUUACCAGAACAACUUGAACAGCAAAAAGAACAACUCUUCUUUUUGUAAAAUGCAUCCACCCAGAACAAAUGACCUUGCAUAUUGUACCCAUCUCUGUUGUGCRUUUCAUCAACAGGUCAAACAAAGAAAUCCCACUUUGCCGCAAUCGCAUCCGCAGAGAGGAAGUGAAACCCAGCAAAGCAUGCAAAUCCACCGACUCACAUGCAGGAACAUGUGGGAGUGUUCAUGAAAAAGUAGCUGGUGCUGCAGCGAGGCUGCUUUCACAGACAGUUUGAUUUGCUCUCUGAUGCAUCAUGAAGCUGCUCGUCGUCCUUCCAUUGUGGGCCCUGUUCGCUGUCACCCAGCAGAAAGCGCCGUCAGAUGACUGUCUGUGUGAGCUGAUAAGUUCAGAGAAACAAUUUCCCUACGACAAGCUGAAAGCAGCACAGGAUGCCGCYUUAGGCUGCACAAACAUUGUCACUCCGCAGAAGAGCGCCGCCUUGGACAGCCUGCUGCUGGGCCUGAGUCGGCGCCUGCCCCAGCUGGAGCAGGACGUGGCGAUGCUGGAAAAGGAGGAUGAUGGAGAGCUGUUUGGAGUUCUGAGUCUGCACAUCAUCGAGAACGAGCUCGUGGAGAUCCAGCAGAUGAUUGAUAAGCUCAACAGAACCACCGCAGAAAGCGACCGCCUCAGUGAAAAUGURGCUCAGCAGUUGGAGAAUGUACAGGAAGAGAUGGAGGAGCUGGAAAAAUUUGACACCAUGCAGGUGGUGAAACGACAACAAGCCAACCAGCGACUGAAGAGAGACCUGGACCAGUGCAGAAACAAUGGAGUUUUCCCCACCAUCCAACCCACUCAGCCAAUUGGUGGCGCCUGUCCUCAUGGUCGUCUCGUCAACAUCACCGGACCAAGGGUCCACACAGCUGGAGAGUAUCCCGGUUCGUACAAGUACGGAGCCUGGGGUCGGGAUCCCAAACCAGAGCCGGGGAAGGARAGCUGGCAUUGGAGGGUGAUGUUGACGUCCAGCAACAUAUAUGCCCAUUACGUCCGUCUCUACUCCAGCCUGAGCUCUCUCAUUGUCGGGAUCAGUGUUCCAGGAAAUGUUCACAUCCAUCCGUCUAACCCGACCACCAACACCAUCCAGGGGCCGAAUGUGGUUCUGUAUGCAGGGGCCUUGUACUACAACUGCUACAACAAAGACGCAGUUUGUCGAUUCGACCUCACYUCCAAAGGUGUGACCACCUUGGAUUUACCCAAAGGAACCAGGUAUAACUCAAAGGGCAAUUUCUGCCACCUUGAAGAGUGCUAYCCGUUCACGGACCUSGACCUGGCCACGGACGAGUCGGGCGUCUGGGUGGUCUACACCACCACCCAGGACCACGGGAACCUGGUUCUAUCGAAGGUGGAGGAGGGUGAGCCGCCGAAGCUCAGCAGAACCUGGCGGACUUCAGUCUACAAGCGAAGCGUGACCAACACGUUCAUGGCCUGUGGCGUCCUCUACGCAACACGUUUUGUCAGCAAAAACACAGAGGAGAUCUUUUAUUCUCUUGACACGACRACAGGGAAGGAGAGUUUCAAAGUUGGCAUCUUCAUAAAUAAGGUGUCUUCUGACAUUCUGUCCUUAAACUACAGUCCAGUAGACCAGAUGUUGCAUGUGUACAGUGACGCCCAAAUGCUCUCUUACAAGGUUUUGUUUCAAAUGUGGUAAAAGCAGCAGUAAUGCUGAAUAAGUGCCAGAAAGCACUGCGCUARUCUGAAAAUUCAUCUUCUUUAGGUUUUCUUUUWAUAAGUGACCUUCCUUCUGCUUUCCAGUUUUAUCAACUAAUGUUAUCACCUUAAUAUCUGAUUUAUUUGAAAUGAAAACAGAAYGUUUCUUGUCAUAGCCUGUAAUCUCAGCCAUCAAUUAUCCGAGAGGGUAAAUGACAUUUAGUCAAAGUUAUCACACUUUAUAUCAUUAGACUUGUAGCUAGACCUGGGAUGCCAGGACCGUUUCCUGUCCUCGUGAUGAUUUGUGUAGUCAAUUGAUGCAGGUUGACAAAGUGUCCAAAUAAKGUUCACUGCUGAAAUCCUACUAAAAAAAAWAGACAUAUCAGGUUGAAAGGGUCUGCAUAAAAAUCUACAGCAACUUUUURCAUUUUUAUGUUUUUGAAAACCAUCUUCCAUCUUCUUUAAUCUUGAGUUUUGCCCAACUUUGUCCUGAUCUAUCACAUAAAAUCCCAAUGAAAUCUAAUAAAAUAUUUGGUAGAAUCCUCAGAAGAUGCAUAAAGGAUCAAUACUGUAAAUGGAUCUGGGUUAGACGUUUCCUAGGUGGCGCUGUUGGGUGUGAGUGAGCUUCACAGCUGCUGGUAGUUGCAGUUUUUUUCAAGCUUUAUCUAAAAACAAAUGAAGAAAAAAAAAUGUGACGGACAACUUCUGAAAUUCUGACACGUAGUCUUUAUUUCUUGUUACUUGACCAGUACAUGGACAGAGACAGCUAAGUUUGUAUUUAUAUAGUAUAUAUUAUAUUUAAAUUUUACAUUACACAUCUGAAUGACAACGAAGCAGGUAAGAGUCUUUCUACUGUUGUGAAUAGAAACAAGCUAACAGGGAAGACUCCCACAAUAUGAAACAAACAAGAAAAAAAAGACCUUAUUGCUUCAUACAAAUCAAUAAUAAUGGCAGUAAGUAGAAGCAUAAGAGUAGUAGUAACACGUUUAUCAAGAUCAUUAUACCAAGAUGAGGUUACACCCUACAGUUAACUAUAAAAAAAUGCAGGGSAGAGAAACAGAAAUGUGUUUUCUCACGUUACAGUAGUGUUAGUGUUUGGUGAUGGUAAUUUGCUCUAGAAAUAAAAAGUAUCUACACGAGCGAGGAGGUCUAAACAAACCGAUCCAGUGAGUAGCUGACAGGGAGCCGUGGACUUUUCUGUUUAAAGAAGAAGGCGAAGGAAGGAUCUGCUGUUUCCAUGUUCAGGGUUAAAUGUUAAGAAAUGUGGGGGCACAGAGAAGAAGUGCAAACUGUGGUGAGAUCGAGGUGUAGGAUGACAAUACCGUACAGCACUUCAAAAAAGGGACAAGAUACAUUCAGGAGCCCCCCAGGCAGUGUGGGUCGAAGUUGUGUGGGAGGAAACCAGAGUGUAAGAAGGCAGAAAAUAGCUUUUAGUAAAGAGAAGAAACAUUGAAAGAUGACCGAACACGAACUCCGCUACAUSCAGUCUCGACUGUUUGAAAAAUUCACUGGCAGGGUGUUUUGAUCAGAUCUCGUAAUCCGCUUUCAGCUUAUGUAACAUUUUUUUUAAUAUAUCGACAACAGWUAAUCUCUCAUGCGUCAACAGAUUCACAUUCUUUUCCUUUAACAUUCAUUCAACUUUAACAUUUUCCAGGGCAGCAUCUCUCUCCGUUCUGCUUUAGCCACCACUCUCUGCACGCUCCCUAUCGCCCCCUGGUGCUCCAGAACAGUUACUACAACACUCUUGAAAAGUGACUUCAGCUGAUAGCCCUUUAGGGUGCGGCUGGGCUUGCCUGUGAGAGCCGGGGCACCUUGUGAUUUUUUUUUUUAGGGAAGGGGGAUAUUUUUUUAUUUUUAAGAUGGCUGGGGGUUGCCCUACAUUCCGAGCUUGGAGCCCAAAUGGCGCCAAAAAAGCCCCGCCUCUGGCAGGCCGCCUCAAGGGAACGCACACCUCAGUA